AUGACGUCUCUCGCCAACCACCGCAGAGUGCAGCCCGGCGAAAGCUCACGAUCUGCUACAAGUUCCAAAGGAACGUCGGCUUCCAGCACGCGCAGCAGGAGCGCGACUAGGCGAAAGUCGUCGAGGAUGCCUCGACUCUAUCUUGCCGUCGACUGCGGAGGGACCAAAGCUGCUGCUGCAAUAUGCGAUGAGCAGGGCAUGGUCAGAGGUCGAGGAUUUGGAGGACCAGCGAAUUACACCGACGUUGGCCUACGCGCGUUCUUGAGAAGCGUUGAUGCUGCGGUACGCGAAGCGCUGUUCGCUGCUGGUGUCUCUUUAUCUACGAAUACAGAGCAAAUCGCUCGGCUUGUCUCGCCAUCAAGAGAGCAAUUCGGACAGUCCUCGGGCAUUGUACAGGAAGCUGCGACCCGCCAAUCAGGAUCUAGUAGCAAUGCAGACGCAACAGCAUCGAUUCACCCAUCGAGACCCAAUAGCAACGUAGACGGGACGGCGUCGAUGUCUGGCGAGCCUCACGCAGUUUCUCGGGACAGUUCUGAAGCAGUCGGUGAUACGACGCGGCUGGCCAACAAGCAACGAACACCUUUUGAGGCAGCUUGGUUUGGUAUUGCUGGCGUCGACAGCCCUGGCGAUGUUGCUGCGCUCACGCCCCAUUUGGCCUCGCUACUCGGAUUGCCUCACCCUUCACCGCGGCUCAUCGUUGCCAACGACACUUCUUUGUUGGCUUCUCCCGUCACAGAUCCCGCGUAUCCAGAUACGAGAUCAGGGGUUGUGGUGAUUGCUGGCACGGGAAGUAUCGUAAUGAGUUUCGGCCGAAGGGAAGACGGUCUACUAAGGACCCUAGGCCGAGUUGGUGGCUUCGGAUGGCUGCUUGGCGAUGAAGGAAGCGGCUACGCCGUUGGAAGAGACGCAGUCAGACUCGUCCUCGACCAGGCAGACCGUGAGAGGUUGAUGGGUGACGAUGCCGCCGACACCAACGCCGUUGCGCUAGGUCAAGACGUGCACCUGCUCAGAGAUCGCAUUCUCAAGCACUGGGGCAUCAAGUCGACUGACGAUCUGCUCAUGGCGGUGUACUCUAACGAUGUCCCCGCAUCCUACCCUGCCAUCGGACCCUCUGCAGCUCCAUCGGAGAGCGCCUCGACAGCUCCGUCGUCGACCAGUGGCAGUCGAAGAGGCAGCAGCAGCGAAAUGCCAAGGGAAGCGAAUGGUGCAAAUGCGGCUCAUAGCAUCUCAAACUCACAAGCUACGAUUCGUGGCAGACUCGCUGGCGACACUGCUGGGCAAGGUUCCUCCACUCCCUCCCCGAGCACGAGUACUUCCGAGGGAUCAGAAUCGGUCGCGCUACCUAUGACCAACAGCAAGAGCAGCGCAGUUCUGGCGCGAGCUUUCGUAGAGCCAUCUGCAAAUCUGCUACCGCCAACGGCGCCCGAGAUCGAUGCAGACAGGCCGGUCUCGCCGGUGCCUGCCUUGACCUCGAGUGACGAGUCGACACCGGCUGCGAGGAGAGGCAGCACGAGCAAAGAUGCAGCACUACAUACAUGCGGAGCGCAACUUCCGAAGGCCGUGGCUGAUCUCCAAGCUGGAGCCUCUGCGGCAGUCUCCAAUGAUGCCACACACAGGUCGACCUCGACGAAUCAAGAGCAGCAGGUCGAAUCUGCGCAUCACGAUGACAUCACCUUCGGCUCUUUGUCACCUCACGCGGUAGCUGCCGCAGCAGUAGCCAAUGCUGUUGGCGAACGCAAACACCGCAUCGCCUCGCUUACACCGCUCGUUUUCCACUUGGCCUUCAAUCACGACGACUCGCUUUGCCUCGCGAUCCUGCGCAGACAAGCUUCGCAGAUCGCCUCUCAAAUUUGCGAGGUCCUUCGACCGCCUGACACUUCUCGAGCUCACUUGCGAGCGGACCGAAGCGUGCUGUGCUGCGGUGGAAGUCUUGUUGGCGUGUCAAAGUACAGGCAGAUUUUGGUGGAAGAAUUGGCAAAGCUAGGGGCUAUGUUUGAGAGGGUAGAGUAUGUGGGAGAUCCUGCUAGGAGAGGUGCAGAAGCUUUAGCUGGGGUGUGGGAGAGUCAGAGAGCUUCGCGCAAUCAAUCCCCCUCCCUCCUCAACCCCUCCAACACCAAACCAUUGUGA